AUGUCAAUUCUUAACGAUACCGUCUAUUCUUCGCGUAUGAAAUCCGACAUCUCUACCACCGCUCUCGUCAACACCCUCGCCGGCAAUCUUCUUUCCAGGAAGCGCAAGCGCGACAUCCCCGACCCUCGGCCAUCAGCGCCAUCUCAGUCGACGAAGCUUCCACCAAGAGCCGCCAAUCCCUUGCAAAAGUCCUUCUCCGAGAGUUGCCUGCCACCUCUUGCCCAUUCAUCUCUUCCGACAGCAAACCCCCGAACAUCCCUACCUCAAGCCUUUAUCGUCAGAUCUGUCGACAAUGACAAGCCGCUAUCCUUCCGCAUUCUUUCCACCCUCCCUCGCGCUGCUCUACCCUUGAGCUACAUCGACAACUCCGAAUCUCCUCCACGCCUCUUCUCCGCCCGUCUCCCACAACUCAAUCAUGACGCUCCGUCCGGUCCCCUUGUCCUCAUCGCGCGUCAAGAAGCACAACCAACCCGUGCUCUGUAUGCAGUAGAAAGAGUCGGAGAGAAGAGAUACGCACUGUGCAAGUUGGCUGCAUGGCUGAGUCCAACCGACCUGAACGACCUCGCAUCGGCCACACCCAAGCCAACACCAUCGCCGACAGACACGCCAGUCCACACGUCACACGCGUCUUGGUGGCAGGCUUUCUCACUCGACAUACCACUGACUCAACCACCGACUUCACGCAAAGCUCCACGCUUGUUGCUCUGCCGACUCGAUUCGCAAACUGUUCGGAAACCACCCUUGCCAGAGCCGGACCUCGUACCGCUAGCCGUCGACCAGCCUCUUGUCGCAGAAGAAGCAUGCGGGACUGUGGACGACCUGCUCAGCCGCUUCAUCUCGCAGUACCUGGACACGCUUUACCUCUCCAAGACGCCUCUCGCAUUCUUCACAAAAGGUCCACUGUCACGCUUGCGGGCCGCCUUCGUUGCCGCCCAGAUCGAUGGCGCAACCCUUCCUGACCUCGUCACCUUCUUGCGCAACCUGAUCCACUCUUCCUCGACAUCCGACAAGAAGUACCGCGAUAAGCUGCCCGAGCUUCUAAAGGACUUGCCUUCGCAACAUGAUCAAGACCACACGCCCAAUGCCGCCAAGAAGAAGAAACGCAAGAGAAAGCUGAAGCCCGACAAGUCUGGUCUGCUUCCAGAAGAGGCAGAUUCCUUUGCCAAAUGGUGGUACCAGGACGACGCUUCCACACCUUCGAACGAGACGGCCGAGCAGUCGCUCAAAAGAAGGGCACCACAACUCCGCACGCGUGAGGCAUUCAUGCAGGUCGUCCUGCUGCUGGAGAUUCUGAGUCUGGAGGCUCUUCCCGAGUUCAAGACACUGCAAGAGAAGGAAUCACAAACGAAGAGCAAGAAGGGUGACUCCACCAUGCUGAGCUUGGAAUUGCUGGUCGACAAACUCUGUAUCUGGCAUUCCCUUCAUACUGCCGACCUGCUUGGCGAUGCUCCGAAACCCAAGAAUUCAGCCAAGGACGGCGCCAAUCAACUGCACAGCUUCUGUGUUGAGGUCAUCAUCCCCUUCUACAUGUCUCGUACGCACGAACAUGCCACUUUUGUCAACAAGAAGCUGGGAGGACCAGGCACUUCCACCACAUCCAGGCCCAAGCACAGUCGCAAGCCCUCCGAGGCCGACAUCAAGACAACAUCCGACAAGAAACCUCGUCGCUCCCUUGCUCGUGUCGCCACCGAAAGCUUCCCUCAGCCCGCUAAAACACCUCGCUCGUUCAGUCGAUCAGCCACCGAUUCGCAAGUCGUCCCAAUAAAGCGCGAGACUCCCGACAUCUCCUUGUCCUCGGUUCCAGUUCGACGCGACAGUCAGCCAGCUCUGGCCCGCAAGAACGAGGUAUUGGAAAAGCAUCGCUUGCGUCAACGAGAAGUCGACUUUGGUGCAAUCGCUGCUGCGAACGAAGCAAAAGCAAAGAAGCGACAAGAGGUUGAGCAAAAGCUCAAGGAUGCUAUCUCCACCUUGAAGAGGCCGAGCCGUGCUACCGUUUCUGGCGAAUUCGUGGAUGCCCUCGAACAACGCAAGCGCAUGGCCGAAGGAAGAGCAAGACCGCCACUGUCCAAGCGUACAAGCUCGACCGCUCAAGUCGCUGCAACUCCGAAGAAUGGCCACAAGACCUCUGCUAUUACUGCAACGCCACAUCACAUACCGGGCCCGUCGUUCGUUCGCCCCUCUGUGCCCUCCUCAGGUCCUUCUUUGAUACCCUCCUCCAACAUCAAGCAGCAGUCUUUGUCCUUUGCGCAUUUCUCUCCUGUCAAUGAGGCGUCGGAUGAUGAGGACGCCAUCCCUGCCACCGACAGUCGACCACGGCACAAGAACGCACUUGCGGAGACUCCUUCGAAACCACGCGUUGGGUUUGCAUCGCUACCAGGAGCUUCGCCCGAUGAGGAAGAACGACUACCUUACCUUGGUCAAGACAGAGGAGAUUCUUCGCCCUUGCGGGAAAGUCCGACCCUGUUGAAGACGCCGUCGAAGCCACAACGACCCAGGUUCAGCAUCACCCCGAGCAAGCCAACACCGCCUUUGAACUUCGGGAAGGGCAGAGCCAAGGAGAUUGUUGCAGCAACUCCGCAGAAAGUGCCUGCUUCGGCCAUGUUGAAGCACCACCUUGGGAGCCUUCCAGGACCGACUGAACAGCGCACAGUCGAGGAACCUGUAGCGAAGGAUCAAUCAGAUGAUAUCUAUGCAGCUCUUGGGUGGGAUGAUGACCUCGAUGAUGACUAG